GAACUCCGUACGGCAGAUGGCAGCACAACGGCUUUCGAAGCAGGCGAGCCGUAAGGACCACCCAUCUUACUGAGUGCAAAUCGAGUUGGAUCAUUCAUGGCGGACGCGUUUCCGGCCGAGGACCAGGGCGGUCCUUUGCUGCUCUAUACCGAUUUGGCCUUUGUGGAGGAGAGGCCGAAGAACCUCGAUCGCAAUCAAAAUCGCAAACACGACCGAAGCAACAGCAACGCCGAGAUCGUCGGGGAAGCCUGCGACAGCGAUGGGGGUGGUCGACCCGGUGGGGACUCCCGCUUGGUCCGAGCCGUCGCACGAAGCCCUUUUGUCUUUCGCGAGCGCGGUAUCGGGACCGCGGUCUCGCUCAACGCGGAGUUCUUUGGCGACGUUUCCUGGCCGAGGAUGGUCUGCUUCGUUCCGGGGGUCUGCGAAUCGGCGGAGACCUGGACGGUCCAGCACCUGGCGAGGAUCUGCGCCUCGAAGGAAUGGAGGCUGGCCGUCUUGGAGCCGGAGGGCCACGGAUUGUCGGGUGGCGUGCCGCGGGGGCUGCUGCGGCCGGGAAAAUGGGAGCGGUACGUGGGGCAGGUCACGGCCUUUUGCGGGCACGCGCUGGAGGUGGAUCGGAUGCAGAAAGAGCGGCAGCAGCAGCAGCAGCAGCAGCAGCAACAGCAGCGGCAACGAGAGCAAGAACCAACGGAGGAAACCUACAAACUUCCCCGGACGAGAUUCGUCCUAGCCGGAGCAUCCAUGGGGGGUGCCCUCGCGGCCUAUGCCAGCCAGCGGAUCCUGGAAGAUAGCGCAGCCUGCUCGAAACAACCGCGAACCGAUCGACCACUGGCACAACCAGCAGCGGCGGUGGCGGCAGAGCAACACGCCUCGUUUGUCGGGACCCUCCUCCUCUCCCCCGCGGUGGGGGUCGAUCCCUCGGUGGUCCCCCCGGCCCUUUUGGUGGCCGCCCUGUCGGUCCUCUCGUGGCUGGCUCCGGGCGUGGGGCUAGAGGGCGUGACUCCCACCGAGGACCCCUCCCACUACGACUGCCCGGCCUCGACGAAGCGGAACUACGCGGGUCCCUGGCCACUCGGGACCUCCAAGCUCCUCCUCGAUGCCACGACUGUCUUUGUUCCGGGGGACGUUCGGGAGGGAUCCCUGAACCUGCCGCUGGCGGCCGCAGCGGCCGGUGCGGCGCUGCCCCACGCCACCCUCGUGGUCAGCGGGGUCAAGGAUCCGGUCGUUCCCAUCGGAGCCGUCCGCGAAUUCGUCGAGCACACAAACUCCCACGCCGCGAAGAGGGGAUGCCUCGGGCCGGGGAUCGGGCUCGCCGAGAUCGAGAACGGCGACCACAGCCUCCUCGCCCCUCAGAAGCAGAAGCACUCGAAGGGGCAGCUCAACGCCACCAAGAAAAAGACGCUGGCCACUACCACCGGGCACGUGGAGGCCUUUCUGGAGCGGUGCGGGGCAGCAGAGGGAUCGUCGUGAAAAGGACGGCUGCCGUUUGUUCGAGAGAUGUGAAACUUGCACACAAACACAACAACGAUUGCGGUGUAGCACGACGCAACUCGAUGUUUUCGACAGCAAAUCUCAUGAAAAUACUUCUCAUCUUCAAAUACAAACGAAAGGGAAAU